AUGACACAGGAGUUUCUUGGCCUCUCCGUGGCGCCCGCGGACACUGCGUUUGGACUGAUGGCCGAGUUUGAGGCCGACACGCACGCGAACAAAGUGUCCUUGGUUGCCGGAGCAUAUCGCGACGAAAAUGGGCAUCCCUGGAUCUUGCCGAGCGUGAGGAAGGCAAAGGAGCACCUUCGCGAUACUACCCAUGAAUACCUGGGCAUCGCCGGCUCCCCAGCCUUCCUGCGCCUGGCAAAAGACCUCAUCUUCGGACCGAUCGCAGCACGCCUGAAGAAUAAUGCCGCAUCUAUUCAAACCGUGUCCGGAACCGGCGCGAAUCACCUGGCCGCGAGCUUCCUGGCGCGCCACCUUCGGCCCAAGCGCGUUUUCAUUCCUAGCCCGACAUGGAUCAAUCAUCACUCAAUAUGGGCGAUGGCUGGGGUCGCGGUCGUCGAGUAUCCAUACUACUCACCGACGACCAAAUCAGUGGAUAUCGUCGGCAUGUUAAAUGCAUUGGACCAGGCUGAGCCCAACGACGUCGUCGUCCUGCAAGCCUGCGCGCACAAUCCCACCGGAGUGGAUUUAUCCCGGCCGCAGUGGGCGCAGAUCGCAGAGGUAGUUUGGCAGAAGCAGCUUUUUGCGGUCUUCGACAGUGCAUACCAGGGCUUUGCGACAGGCCACGUCGAUAGCGAUGCCUGGGCCGUUCGUCAUUUCACGGAGUGUGUCCUCGCGUGGGAGAAUCAUCCGGGUCUUUGCGUCGCCCAGUCUUUCUCCAAGAACUUUGGGUUGUACGGCGAGCGUGUCGGGGCUCUGCAUCUGGUCAUCCCGCAAAUCCUGUCAGCACAGGGCGCCCGUGGUUCCCUGAUGGCGAUUGCGCGCGCCGAGUAUUCUAAUCCACCGCGUUUUGGGGCGAGUCUUGUGGAAACCGUCCUGGCUGAUCCCGGCCUUCGCGCGCAGUGGGAGGCCGAUUUGCAUACGAUGAGCUUCCGCAUUCGCACAAUGCGACGAAAACUGCGACAGAGGCUGGAGGCAGCGACCCAGCUGGAUUGGGCCCACGUGGAGACGCAGAUCGGCAUGUUCAGCUACACCGGUCUGACCCCGGAGCACGUUACUCGACUCCGAGAGAGGUACCAUAUCUAUUUGCUGCCAUCUGGUCGCAUCAGUGUGUGCGGGUUGAAUGAGGGGAAUGUGGAAUACGUUGCACACGCGAUGGCCGACGUGAUGAAGAGUUAA